AUGGAGAGAGCAUUUAAUAUCGUGGAUGAGGAUUGCUCUAAUCUUGAUGCAAAUUUGCAUAGAAAUGCACUUUCAUUGGAGACAUUAAGGAAACUUCAUGGAUCCCCAAACAAGCCCUCAUGGGGGAGCAUGGCCAUUCAGGGAUCAAGACUAGCAUUUACAGAUUAG